AUGAGGAUGCCCAAACAUUACAAGAGGUUUUCCAGAGUGGUUGAGGAAUCUCUGCCUCUGGAGAUACUGAAAAUACAGCUGGACAUUACCCUAAGCAACUUUAACUUUGAAGUUGAAGUUGGAUCUAACUUGACAGCUGACCCUGUUAUGAGCAGGAAGUUGGACCAGCUUCACAGCCCCAUGUACUUCUUCCCCAUGAACCUCUCCAUCUCUGACCUUGGCUCCAUCUUUGUCCUGGUCCCCAAAUCCAUGGACAACUCCAUCCUAAACACAAGGUUUAUUUCUUGCUCUGGAUAUGUUGCCCAAGUAUUUUUCUUUCUCUUCUUCACUCCAGCUUGCUUUCUAUCCUCAGCCGUGGCAUAUCACUGCUAUGUUACCACAGUUGCCUUGGAAACAGAGGAAAUUGAACAGUUGUCUACUUUGCCCAGUCUCUUGGAGGACCCUUCUGUUGUGCAGUUGCUCAGGGUCAAAGAGCAACAGGUGCCAGUCACUACCACAAUAGCGCACCGGCAGCAACAUCGCACCAGUUGGGACUCCCUAAUUCCCAUCCAUAAGCUGAUUCAUCAACUGGAGAGUCAGGGAGUGAUCAGCAAAACCUGCUCACCCUUUAACAGUCCCAUAUGGCCAGUGCAAAAGUCUAAUGGCGAGUGGAGACUGACAGUAGACUAUGGCGGCCUGAAUGACUGCUGCCGUGCUGGACAUGUUGGAAUUUCAAUAGGACCUGGAGUCAAAGGCAGCCAAGUGAGAAUGCAUAUCCCAAAUUACCAUCUCAUUGUAAGCCCCCUCUAUCACAUAACCCAGAAGAAGAAUGAUUUCAAAUGGGGCCCUGAGCAAAGACAAGCUUUUGAACACAUUAAACCGGACAUUGUCCAUGCAGUAGCCCUUGAGAAAGCCCAGGCAGGACCAGAUGUCAAAAAUGUGCUGUACACUGCAGCCAGGGAGAAUGACCCUACCUGGAGUCUCUGGCAGAAAGCACCAGGGGAGACUCGAGGUGGACCCCUGGGGUUUUGGAGUCUGGGAUACAGAGGAUCUGAAGCCCGCUACACUCCAACGGAAAAGGAGAUACUGGUAGCCUAUGAAGGAGUUGGAGCUGCUUCAUAG